CCGUGAUUGGCUGAGGGCGGUGCGCCACCGGAACGGGUCCCCAUGGCGGCGCGGGGCCGCUGCCCCGAGUGCGGCUCGGCGGCGCUGCUGGAGGACGCGCACUACGCGCAGCAGCAGCUGGUGUGCGCCGCGUGCGGCUGCGUGCUGGCCGAGGGGCUGCUCACCACCACCUACAGCGACGAGGGGCAGCUGCGAGAGGUGGCCUAUUCGCAGAGCACCGGGCAGAAGGAGCAGCUGAACCGCUGCGAGCAGCGAGGGAUCAGACGGGUCCAGGAUCUCUGUAAGGUCCUUCGGCUCCCAUCGGUGUUUGAGGGAACGGCCGUGUCCUACUUCCAGAGAGCGCUGCAGCAUCCCUCCUUCCACCUGGCCAGCCUGGAGAAGAAGGAGCUCCUGGUGGGCUGCUGCGUGCUGGCCACCUGCCGGCAGCACAACUGGCCGCUGACGCUGGGAACAAUCUGCUCCCUGCUCUAUGCGAAGCAAGAACUGGUCACCAGCGUCUACCUGAGCCUUCAGAAGGAGCUCGAGAUCUCCGUGCCGGCGCUGAGCCUUUCGGAGCUGGUGAAGACUCACCUUAACAGUUUCCAGCUGUUCCGGCACAAAGAGGACAUCCCUGUCCCGUUUGUGGAGGACAAGGAGACGCUGCUUGCCCGGACCAUGCAGGUGGUGGAGCUGGCCAGCGAGACGUGGCUGGUGACGGGCCGGCACCCUGUGCCCAUCGUCACGGCUGCAGCCUUCCUGUCGUGGCAGUCGCUGCAGCCCCCCGCCCGCCUCACCUGCACCUUGGCACGGUUCUGCAAGGCAGUGGGCGUCGACCUGCCCCCCCCGGCACACCUGAGGCUGAAGGAGCUUUACGACAUCCUCCUGAGGAUGGCAGCCGAGCUCGCUUGGCUGAAGGUGCUCAACUUGAACAAGAAGACGGUGGUCAAACACCUCGGGGAUCUGCUGCAGCACCGAAUCUUCCUGCUGAAAAAAGCCUUCUGUGCGGCAGAUGGGGAGGAGCAGCAGGGGGCAGCCCAGGCCGAGGACUCCUCCAGCAAUCCUCCAGCAGCAGCGGGGGCAGCGCCGGACAAGGGCCGUCCCUCGGAAGGGAAACAGAAGGCUGAGAGCAGCCGGAGACCCCUGCUGCCACCCUGCCUCCUCCAUCCGAGGAAGAGGCUGCGCACUGCAGCCCUGAGCACUUCGGAUGCUGCCGUCACUGGAGAUGAGCCCAUCUCUGACAGCGAAAUAGAGCAGUACCUGAGGGGCCCGGAGGAGAUCCGGGAAUUCAGGGCGGCCAAAGCGUGGCAGUGAGAUGAGAUGACAGUCACUGGAACAGUGCCACCAGAGACUGCGGAACCACCGGCAUAAAACCUGAUGGUAAAAGAGUCGGUGCGUGCUGCAGAGACGGUCAUCCAUGGAAAUGGGAUUGGGGAGAGAGUGGGCAAUGUGUUCUUUCAGGUUCUGGACCAAAAUGGGUCAUUUUAAUGGGGUUUGUCAUAUUUCUGUUAGCAGUAACUUGAAGUACAGGGGGCAGGAACGGUUUCAGCUGCCUCGUGGCAGAGGAAAACUCCCCCAGCGUGGGGUGGACGGGCGCUGUGAAAGUGCUGGAGGCGUGUGGCAAAGACACAGCGCUGCUGGCUGCUCCUUUCAAACACUCUGACCUCUGUGUGCUGAGCAGGCUGUUGUGUUUGAACGCAGGGGCUGCAAGAAAGAACCGUACAUGUGGCAGAUUUGCAAGUCUUUAAUAUAUUAAACAAAACAUAUCUGCUAGAAACAUUCUAUUUAUAUAAAAAUGCAAAAAAGACCCCUAUAAAGACAUUUCUUUGGCAUGUUUUCCCCUCCCUCCCCCAUGUAUAUUGCAAGAAGCUCUCUGUUGAUCUGUCAUUUGCUUGUAAUGUAAACAGACAAAAAAAAAAGUGUAAUUAAUAAUA